AUGUCCCAGUAUGAUUUGGAUGAAACAAUAUCGGGACCCAAAGGGAAAGGUGGUUUUCGAUCCACGGUUGACGGUUUUUUUGUUUUUCUGGUACCUCGUAUCCGUCGGCCAUCGACUGCUCUGGCCUGGGCCCUGCUCUUCUCGCACGGACACUUGCGUCCCGGCCCUCAUCCCAAUGCACUUGCGCAGAAAAACCCAUUCUCCGUCAAAGGCAAACGGUCCCUGGUCCGCUUCUUCCAUUCCACGGCCAAGGUCACCUGUUCUUUCUCCUGGGACCCUGGCUCUGACGGGGGAGCAGCCCCCCCGAUCGUUUGA